CUCUCCCUCCUCCUGCUCUUUCUUUCUUCCUCCCCCUCUCCCCCCCCCUUCCUGUCUCAGUCUCAGGAUGGACGGGUUUCGUGUUGGAUUACUGAUAUUUUUUCUUCUGCAGUUCGACCUUUUUCUAGCUCUCUACGUUGCUGACAACACUGAUUCUCUCCAUCAGGUUCUGUCAGAGUUCGGUGUUGUUCGACCCAUUCAAACAGACUCAAAUGGGCGUUUUGUGUCAGCUUCAGUCUCCGCCCACCGCCUGCACCGUAACAGAAGACAUGCCCACACUGUUGGGGCCACACCCACUGUAGAUGAUGUCCAGAAGCAAAAAUGGAUCCAAAAGGACCCGCCCACAAACUGGAGGACGGGAAUACAAGGUGACAAAGAUGCAUACAUGAAAGGAGGCAGCUGGAGGGGGAGGAGCUAUUGGGAGGAACAGGUGGUGCAGCAGGAGGAGGGGCUUUUCUACAAUCUGACCAUAUUUGGCCGUGAGCUUCACCUCAGCCUGCGUCCAAACUCCAGGCUCAUGGCCCCGGGCGCCACCAUGGAGUGGUGGGAGGAGUCAGGACACAGACGCUCUCAACCAAUCAGAGGUACCAGCUGCUUCUACACAGGCAAGAUCACCAACAUGGAAGACACGUCUGUCGCCAUUAGCAACUGUGAUGGACUGGCAGGAAUGAUCCGGAUGGAUGGAGAGGAGUUCUUCAUCGAGCCACUGAACGGAGGAGAGGAAAUCGAAGAGGACAGGGAAGGAAGACAGCACGUUGUCUACCGCUCGUCUGCAAUCAUCAAACCAGCCGUCAAUCAAACUGCAGCUGUCAAUCAAAGUGUGGAGGACUUUGUGAGAGGUUCUCUUUCAGGCCCUCUGAGUAUGAACCAGGAUGUGUUGGGGUCAGGACCUGGAUCAGGUCGACGCCGGCGCCGCUUUGCUGGGGAGGCUGAACAGUUUAACAUCGAGGUGUUGUUGGCAGUGGAUUACUCCGUUCUUCUUUUCCAUGGCAGAGAGCAUAUUCAGAAAUACCUCCUGACUCUGAUGAACAUAGUUCAUGACAUCUAUCAGGAUCAUUCUUUAGGCUCCAGCAUCAACAUAGUUCUGGUUCGAAUCAUCUUGUUGUCUCCAACUCAGUCCCAGGAGCUGAUCUCUGUGGGCAAUGCUCAGAAGAGUCUGGAGAAUGUUUGUGGCUGGUCGUACCUUCAGCACAGGGAGCGGCUGAGUCACGCUGAGCAGCACGACCAUGCAAUCUACCUGACCAGGCAGGAGUUUGGACCCUCUGGCAUGCAGGGUUAUGCCCCGGUGACAGGAAUGUGUCAGCUGCACCGCAGCUGCACUCUGGUCCAGGAAGAUGGCUUCGCGUCUGCCUUCGUAGUUGCCCAUGAAACAGGACACGUGUUGGGCAUGGAGCACGACGGUGAGGCCAACGACUGCGGCGAUGAAGUAUCUUUGGGCAGCAUCAUGUCUCCACGGGUUCAGGCUGCCUUCCAUCAGUACCACUGGUCCCAGUGUAGCCGGCAGGAACUGUACCAGUACUUGCAUACGUAUGACUGUCUCCGUGAUGACCCGUUCCACUAUGACUGGCCGGCUCAGCCCCAGCUUCCCGGAUUUCUUUACUCCACGGACCAGCAGUGCAGCCUUGAGUUUGGACCUGGAUACAGUACCUGUACCGUGUACAUGACCUCUGAACCCUGUAAGCAGCUGCUGUGCAGUAGUUACAACUACCCCUUCUUCUGUCGGACCAAGAAGGGACUGCCUCUGGAUGGGACACCAUGUGGACUGGGGAAGCACUGCUUCAAGGGUGUCUGCAUAAACUUGACCCCUGACCUCCUGAGACAAGAUGGCGGCUGGAGCACGUGGAGUCCAUACGGCAGCUGUUCCAGGAGCUGUGGGGGCGGAGUCCAGUUUCGAACCAGACGCUGUGACAACCCGCUGCCAGCCAACAGGGGGCGCCCCUGUUUUGGAAACAUUCACGAGUUUCAGAUGUGCAGCCAAGAGGCGUGUCCUCCGCUAACAGACUUCAGAGAAGAACAGUGCAGAGUCUGGAAUGUGUUUUACCAACACGAAGGAAGAAAACAUCACUGGCUGCCAUACCAACACCCAGACCCGGAUGAGCGCUGUCAGCUGUACUGUCAGUCAAAGGAGACAAGGGUCAUAGUUUCCAUGAACAAAACGGUGCAUGAUGGGACGCCGUGCUCCUACAGCGACCCCUACAGUGUGUGCGUUGGCGGGGAGUGUGAGCACGUGGGCUGUGAUGGACAGAUCGCCUCGGACCAACAGGACGAUCGCUGCGGAGUUUGUGGGGGAGACAAUUCCAGCUGCAAAAUAAUCAAAGGGAACUUCACCCGGAGUGCCAAAAAGCAGGGUUACCUAAAGAUCCUUGAGAUCCCCAAAGAAGCACGACACUUACUGAUCCACGAGGUUAAAGGAACUCUUCACCUUCUGGCACUAAAGAACCAGGAGACAGAUCACGUCUUCCUCAAUGACGAAACUGAUCUCCCAGAAUCCCGAGUGGUGAUUGAGAGGGGCAUGGCCUGGGAGUACAACAACAGGAAUGAGCAGGAGUCCAUCCAGACCACAGGACCCUUGAAGUACGGAGUCCUGCUAAUGGUGCGUCCUCACGGUGUCUCCAAGGUGACCGUGUCCUACAAGUACACCAUCCAGGACAGGCUCAGGUCCUCGCUGCAGUCCAACCUGGUGCAGGAGGACACGGCCUUCUACGAGUGGGCCCUGAAGAGAUGGUCUCACUGCUCCAAACCCUGUGGAGGAGGGAAACAGUACACAAGGUUCGGCUGCAGGAGGAAGGCUGACGGGAAAAUGGUCCACAGGACGUUCUGCACCAACAUCAACAAACCAAGAGCCAUCAGCCGCAACUGCAACAGCGACACCUGCAGCUCACUACGAUGGGUGACAGGGGAUUGGGAGGAGUGCAGCGCCUCCUGUGGUCAGACAGGGUGGCAGCGUCGCUUGGUUAGCUGCCAGAAGGCAUCCAGCAGGGGGCAGCACAUGCACUCAGUACCCAGCAAGUUCUGCAGUGAUGGACGCCCGGAGGGAAAACGAACCUGUAACCGUCACCCCUGCCCUGAUUCCUGGCGCUCUGGACCCUGGACUCGGUGUUCGGUGACUUGUGGCAAUGGGACUCAGGAGCGACAGGCUGUGUGUUUGAAUCCUGAAGGCUCUGCUGGAAACUGCAGUGACCAAAAACCAAACACACUGCGCACCUGCCACGCCCCAUCCUGCAACGGUGACCAGAAGAACUUCAUCAUCCAGUGGCUGUCUCGGUCCACCACAGACUUUCAAACACCAAACCCCAACUCCAGGCAGCGUUGCCGUGGCGACCGUUCUGUGUUUUGUGGGAUGGAGGCGUUGAGUCGGUACUGUACCAUUGCUGGAUACAGACAGAUGUGCUGCAAAUCCUGCAGCGACUCGAGCAGCAGCUUGUGGAAUUCAAGCACACAAGAUGUGACAUCAGCGUCUGACAGUGACAUCACCAGAACACCGCCUCCCACUUUCACUGCAACCCCGGCUCCCACCAGCAGGGGCAGCACCACUGACUUCACCUAUGUGGAAUAUGAGGAUUAUGAACAGUUCUCGUCCUACGAGGACUCGCCGCCCCCGACAACAACGUCCCCAGUGCCCUCUGCCCCAGAGUUCCACAGUACAGCACUGUGGGUGGAGCCUGAUGAUGUCAUCAGAGGUGGACCCAGUGUCACCAACAGAACAUCAGGAGGGAGGAGCCAUAAAGUCAGAGUGACAGGGAGCAAACCUUCAACAUCUUUACCCUUCUCAUCGUCUAUGACCCUGACCCGAGCGGACGAGAAGAAGGAGAACGAGGUCCCGUAUCGGGUCUUUGGACUGGACACGGACCGCAGCCAGCAGAGUGUCUUUGUGCCACGCAUGCCGCCAUUCCAUGAACGCACACAAAACAAACGCAUCCAGGAACUUCUAAACGAGAAGCGCCGGCAGGACGUUCUGAGCAGACCCGGUCGGGCCAAAGACCCGGAGUCCUGAGUCCUCGUGCAUCUUUUGAUCGCAGUCAGCUAAUGAGGCCUAAAGGCCUGGCACCACUGCUGAGAACCAGUGAGGACCUUCCAGAAGUUCCAGAGAACUAAUCCUGGUCAAUCCAGAUUCAACCUCCACAGCUGAAACUCUAAAAGUCCGACACACUCAAGUUAUUGUUUCCAAAACACAUUUUUAAAUGCACUGUGGUUAGACCACGCCCCCUUCAUCAAACAUGUGUGGCCAAAGCCAUGGUUUAGAAAUGCCCCGCCCAAAGGUGUGGCCAAAGUCUAAGCUCCUCCCAACCAUUCCACUAGGAAGAAAUGAUGAUUGUUGAAAGAAAUGGACUUGAAUGCUUCACAUAAGAAACAACUGUUUCAAAGGGCUUGAACCACUAAAUGAACCAAAUAAGUCACAGUUUCACUGUUCUGAAGCACUCAAAAGACAAAAUGACGAAGCAGCUGCUGCACAAAUGAUUCACUGUUUCAAAGUGUUUGGAAUAAAAUGAAAAUAAUUUACAUUUUUAGAACACUGUAAUGGUGACAUCUAGUGGACAGUCGAAGCUCUGAUGAUGAAUUCCAGGUGACAAUCUUUAGGGACUGCCCCCAAGACUCCACAGAAUAUAG